AUGGAUGGAGAUAAAUUAAUCCAUUAUAAGGAAUGCUUUGUAAAGGAUAUAAAGAAGAAAGAAUUUUAUGAUACUAAAAUUGAUAGUGAAGAUAAGGAAAUUUCAAGUUUUUCAUCAAUGAAAUUUUCUAAUUUAGAAAAGGAAUUUCAAACACUUCAUGAAUCCCCAAUAAAAGAAAAAAUGAUAGAUAAAGGAAACUUCACAAAAACUCAAGAUUUGUCGGAAUUAAAAAAUGAUAAAAAAAAACAAUUAGAAAAAUAUAACACGGAUAGUUUUUGUGAAAUGGAAAAUAAAAGUUUUGUUGAAUAUGAAGAUGAAUAUAAUUUAUCUGGAGUGAAUUUUAUUGAUAAAAUUUUAAAAAAUAUUCAAAAUGAUAACAUUUUAAAAAGUAACGGAGAAACAUUUUCUAAUCAUAUAAAAUUGUAUGAAAAUUGUGAUUUAAAACCUAAUAAUGUUAAAGAUAUGUGUAAUAAUGACAUGAAAAAUACUUUAUAUAUAUGGAAUGAUAACAAGAAAUUAUCUUAUAGUUGGUAUUCUUUUAUGAAAAAGGAAGAUAUAAAAAAGUCAAUAUGUAAUUUUUGUAUGAAUAUUAUAAAUGAUGAAUUUUAUCUAAUACGCCUGGAAAAAUUAAAAGAUGAAAAUUUAUGUAAAGAAGAUUAUCGGAAUAUUGAAAAAUUUUGUUUAAAUGAAAACGAAAUUAUGUAUUAUAAAAUAUGUGAAUCAUAUAAUAUUGAAGAUCUUGGAAACAUAAAAAAUAAUGAAGAAUAUUUAAUUAAAAAAAAAAAUAUAAAUAAUGAAAAAUUAGAAGAUUCUCUAAAUUUUCCUGAAGUGUUAAUGGCAAUAGAAUAUGCAAAAGAAGGAUCUAACUUAUUAAAACAUACAGUUUUUAAUAUCCCACAUCUACGUUUUUUUUUUUUAAGUAAAAAUUUAAAAUAUAUAAAAUGGUUUUCAUCAAGAAAAUCAGAUGAAGAAUCUAAAAUUUAUUUUAGAAAUAUAAAUAGUUUAGAAAUCAACAAUAUAGGUGAUAAACUAUUUGAAAAUUAUAAAAUUGAUUUACUAAAAAAGCUUUCCUUCUGUAUUACUUACAAUAAUGAAAAAAAAAAAAUAAUUUUAACCUGCAAGAAUCUUCAAGAAUUUAAUUAUUGGGUUACUGCUGUUAGAGCUCUUAUGUUUCAUUUUAGAAAAAUGAAAGUUACCAAAUUCAUUUUGUUAUCUCAUUUAAAUGAAUUUUACUAUGUUGAUAAAAAUAAAAAAUAUUCUGAAACAUCAUUAAAGCAAACAGAUCAAGUUAAUUUAUUUUGUGAGUUGAAAAGCAUAGAUGAAAAAGAGAAUGAAAAAAUGAAAGAAUUAGAGUCAUUAAAAAAUUUUAACCUUUAUGAUUUAAUAAGUUUUCCAGAUUAUAAUAUAUAUCAAAUAAAAACCAAAUUUUAUUUAUUAAAGGAAAAGUUAUAUAAAUAUAGAAUUUUAAUUGAACAGGAGAUAGAUGAUUUCCAUACAAACGAAAAUAUUAAAGAUUUAUGCAAAACUAAAAAUAAUCCAGAUAGCAAAAGCACUUCAAUUAAACCAUUAAAUAAUGAUAUGAUACAAUGUAGUAACUAUGAAAUCAAUGAUAAAAAAAAAAACAUAACGAGUAUUUAUGAUUUGCAUCAAGAAAAUUCUUACCAGUUUAGAAGUAGUAGUGAUAAUAAUAGCGAAAUUCAUAAUUUAUAUAAAAAUUAUAGUAAUGAUGAUUAUAAUAAUUUUUCAGAUGUUAAUGAUUUAAAUGAAGAUAAGAAAAAUAUAAAACAAAGUAUGAACACUAAAUUAAAAACAAAUUUUUUACCAUAUAUAAAUGACAAUUCAAAUAGCAAAAAUGCAAAUGAACAAAAGGAAAUAGAAACCUCGUUUAAAAUAAACAACAUUGAUAAUACUACUAAAAUAAAAGAAAUAUAUUCUUUAAAUAAUAGAUUUAAUUUAAAUAUUAAUAAAAUAAACAUACUUGAACAAUUAGAAGAAAAUAAUAUAGAAGAAGAUUCCAAUGAGUUUAAACUUUUCUUAAUUAUUAAAAUAUUUAACAAAAUUGAUAAAAAACUUAGAAAUGUACAAAAAAAUAUUUUAGAAAUUGUUAAAAUACUAAAGGUAGAAGAGUCGAAACAAAAAAGAAAUGAGAUAAAAUUUUUUUCAGUAGAUAAUAUUUUGAAAUAUACUACUAUUAUCUAUAAAACCAUAGAAAAUAAAAUUGUAAAUAAUGAAAGUAAUGUAAAUAAUGAAAAUAAUAUAAAUGUUGAAAGUAUGAAAUUUUUGAAUUCUCAGAAAAAUAAUAAUGAAAUAGAUAAAAAAAAUUUUAAUAACUCAUUUAAUAACAUUGAUAAUAUUAGUAAUCCUAGUAUUGAAAAUUUAAUUAACAUGAAUAACAAUGAAAAACAUUUAUCUUUGCAAAAACAAACAUUUCCUGAAAAAAAAACAUUAGAUUCAAAUAAAUUAAUUCAUAAUAUUUUAUUUAAUAUGUGGUUAUGCGAAAUUGAAUUAGGAAAUGUUGAAGACAUUUUUACUUCUUACACUUAUUCUAAAAAGAAAAAUUUCCUAAUAGGUUUUGAUGGUUCAAAAAUUCUUAAAACCAUAUCACAACGUAUAUCAACAACAUUUAUGAAAUAUAUAAAUUUUUAA